UAGUGCCUCAGUCACCGGGAGGAGCCACAAAAUUGGGGUCGACAGCCCGUGAAGCUGGAAGCAGCACCCCAAAACUUCUCUGGGCCUCCGUAUUUCCGUCCCAUGUGCGGCGCAUAUCCCUCCGCCACAGUCACCCCACCCCUCCUUCCAUUGCUGAGCUCGUCAAUUCCCGCAGUCCCCGGAUGGAAACCGUAAUGGCCGCCAAUAGUGACUCGUCGGACUAUGGAGACGGGCGAGGAUUGUCUGUACAUUGAGUGCAACAUCUUUUCAGUCUCCAUUUUAUGCCUGUCAUCUCUUGGAAAGGAAAAAUAUUGAACAGUCACUGAAGAAUGGAAUUGUAGUUUGCUUUAAAGAAUACAUGAAAUUGAGGAAAUCUUGGAAUUCUCAUAAGGUUCAGUAAAAGAUCAAAUAAUAUAACUAUAUUAGAAUAUUUUAAGUAAGAUGCCAUCUGAACAAGAAGCGGCUUUUUGCAUUCAAAAUACAAACUUUUUACAAGAAAAUGUGUUGGACAGAAUACGUGUUUCUUCACUGGAUAUUGCUGUUGAAAAACCUACACCUCAGCCUGCAAUUUCAGAUAUUUUCUCCUAUGGAUUAAAAAAUGUGAAAAUAGAGUUGCCUAGGGUAAAUAUUCCAAAUGAAGUGAUAUUUAAACAUGAAAUUGACAGAUAUGUGAAAUUAUUUAAAUGUAAAGAGAAACCUGCAGGAAUAUCUUUUAUGCCAGUAGAUAUGAUUGGAAGCAGUUUAAACUGUUCUGAGAUUUAUACUUCACAUAGUAAAUUGGGAUUGCAUUCUGAAGAAGGAUUGAAAACAUCAGCAAAAAUACUGAAUUUUAGCUGUACAAAAUGUCAAAACAACAUUCGAUAUAGUCCAAAUGAUUUACAGAAACAUUUUCAGCUGUUACACCCUGGAGAGUUGCCAUCUUAUCCCUGCGAAAUGUGUAAUUUUUCAGCUAAUGACUUCCAGUCAUUUAACCAACAUCGUCGAACGCAUCGUAGCACUUUAGUAGAAUGUGAAAUCUGUAAUGAUGAUCAUAGAUACACUUUGUUGGACUUGACAAAACAUUUCAUAUCUAAACAUUGUGUAAACGGCCAUUUUCAGUGUGAAAGAUGUAGCUUUUCUACCCUUGAUGUAGGCACAUUUGUUCAACAUAUUCAUAGGCACAAUGAGAUACAAUAUAAAUGUGAUAAAUGUCACCAUACAUGUUUUUCAAAAGAAGAGUUUCAAAAGCAUGUCGUUUCACACACUGGCACAUUUCCCUUCGUUUGUCAGUAUUGUAACUACAUGGCAUCACGAAAAAACUAUCUUUUAAAACAUAUUAUUACCUUACACAGAGACCAUCUCUAUGCAAAAGGUCAAGCAGACAGAGUUAACAAUGAAAAGAAGUUGAAGACUUCAACAGGACUAAAACUUAUCUUGAAAAGGUAUAAAACAGGAGCAUCGAGGAAGGCACUAUGGAGACGCAAAAGAAUUACCACUGGUGAUUGUAUAAUUGGAGAUGAUGAUAGACAAGUUCUCAAAAAUGUGAAGGAAAUUCAGCCUAAAUCUGAAGACCUUGCCCAUUCUGCAAGAGAGCUACACUUAAAUGAAGACCACAUUCUUCCAAAUGAAAAACAUACAUACACUGGAGCAAAAUGUGCUCCGGCAGUACAGUACAAUAGAGCAGAAGAUGGAUUGGGUGCUGGAAUGGGACUGUUGAAAAAAGCUGUUCAUGGCCCUACAGUGUUGAUGGUUAAAAACAAUAAAAUAACUGUUCCUGCAAACUACAGUGCUAAAUUUAUGGGAUUCAAAAUGGUGGAUGGAAAACAACAUAUAGUAAUAAAAUUGCUACCUACAGAUAAACAGAAUUUGCCAACAGGAAAUAAAAUUGAUAGAGUUAAGGAUGGUUCAACUGAAUGUCUGCAACAGACAGCGGACAACUUGAAUUUACCUUCAGGUGCUGGACUUCAUGACAUUAAUAAAAUAUCUAAGAAUUCUGUUCAUUCAGUAGCAUCUUCUCCAUUAUCAUUUUCUAGUCAAUAUUCUGGAAAAGUGAAGCAAGAAAGUAAGAGUUCCUUAAGUUGGAAUACAUCUCGAACUGUUGCACCUCCUAUUGUUGUGGUAGGAAAAUGUACAACUCAUCUGCCAGUGAAACCAGAUUCUUCACUUUCUUGUGAUUUGUUGGCAAAGACUGGAACUAGAGGUAUUCUUUCAUGGAAGAACUGUAUACCUCAAGACCAUCCUGAAGUUUUAUCCUCUGUUGGUACGCACAUGCUUCAUUAUGACCCCAUGAAAAAACCCUUUCCUCCAGAAUUCAAAGUACUGAAUGGUGAAGUGAACAAUAGCAGCAAACUUAAUAAUCUCUGCUGUUCAUCAACUGAUGUUUCUAAUCAGGCACCAUUGCCUUUCCAUAAUUACUCCAAAAUAAGCAUUUCAGAUCAGUCUAAAGAUUUUAUGUCCAGCAAAGUCUUUCCUCUUCAAAACAGGCCUAUCAGUGAAACCACAACUUGUUUUUCACAGUCAGCAGCAGGAUUAAAUUCAGAAAAACGGUCUUCAUUGCUGCCCUUUUAUGGCUUUGUAAAUACAAGUAAUGGACCAGUAUUCUCACCCAACCAAGCUAAUUAUGCCAUUGGCAGAGAGCAUUGUAUAGAAAAUCAUCAUGAUAGCCCACAGUACUUAAAUACGAAGGUAAAUCAUGUGUUGGAGCAUGUAGCUGAAAAAUCUAAACGAGGAAACCCCUCUAACUGUGUAACUUCAUCAGUUAUGCCUAAAAUAACAUCUGUUUUUUCACUCCAGAGUACUCAGGCAUCCAACUAUUUGUCACCAGAACUAAACCAAACAUUACAAGAUGUGUUAAAAGGAGAACCUGCUACUCAGUCAUAUAGCUACAUAAAACCUCAUGAUCCAUCAUUUCAAAAUAAAGCAGGUUGUAAAACAUUUACAAACUUGAAAGAUUCAACAGUUCUAUGCAGCUUAACCCAUUCGCCUGCUAAAUUCAAGAGAGAGCUGAAUAUGAACAGCACAAGAAAUGAAGGUGUAUAUUUUAGCAAUGAAGGGCAAAUCCCAACAUCAUCUUUUAGAACAGAAGAAAUAAAUUCAACAUCAAGGGGAACCCACAUUAGCACGUUGCUUAAGACUCAAGCAGAUUCAAUAAUAACACAACAGCUGGCAAAAGAAAAGAAGAACUAUAGUCUCCAUGGUCCCAACACUAUCCAUCCAACUCUUCUAGAACAGAAAUCUCUGCUGCUUCGGCCAACUCCACCAAGGUAUUUUGUACCUUUGCACCUUGCCCACCAACAGGGGUUACAAGUUAUUUCAGGAAAACCUUCUCUGAAUUCAUCAGAUGUGCAGGCAACAAGAGGUGGAACUACAUCUUUACUUUUAAACAAAGGUCCUGGAAUGAUUUUGACAUUUGGUAGUGGGUCACUUGGAACAAUUGCAAAUGCCACUGAAAAUAAUUCUCAGGUUUUAGAGAAACUUGCAUCUAAAGAGUAUGGUAAAGAAACAGUAUCUGCAUCAGAGCUGGAACUGAAAACAGACUGUUCUAGAAGCAUAAGAAAUUCUUCUGCUGUUGGUGUACGCAGUGGGACAGUAAAUGCUUCAUCCAUUGGCAUACCACAAAAGGAGCAACUUAAUGUUACAAAUGUUUCUUCUGUGAAAUUACUUGCUGGCAGUAAGGCUAACUCUUUGGAGCCAAUAAAACAACCAGAGAUCGGGCAAGAACAACCUGUUUAUGCACUUUUGCCUGAUGGCAGGCAAGCAGUUUUUCUUAAAUGUAUGUCACCAAACAAGUCUCUAGUACAGAACCAUAAUGUUUCUCAAGGUACUGCUAGUCAAAAUUCUGAACCAAAGAAACCUGGAACAAUGCAACAGAAACUUUUAUUGAAAAUUAAGACUUUUCCUGCCUCUGACAACUGCCAGCCAGUUAGCAAUGUUGUGUCAUCUUUACAGCUCAAUAGUAUGCAUUCCCAUACUAGUCCUGCACUUGAUCCAAAAAAGACAGUUCUUUCUUCAAGUGAUGCCUUAUGUCUCCCAGGUAGGUUGGUGCCUGCAAAUGCCUGUUUGGCAAGUGAUAAAUCAAAGGAUCCUUGCACUUCUACAGAAUUUGUACAUUCCUCUAGGCAUGUGAAGACAUGGUCACAAAAGACCCCAUCUGAUUCAGCACAAACUAUAACUGCUAAGAACAGGAGCAGUUUUACAAGUCAAAUAUCACCAGGGACUAUAACAAACAAGCUUUCAAAAGCUAAACGUCAUUCAAAGCAAAGUGGUGCUAAAGUUUCUGACCCUACGGUUUCACAGAAGAACAGGAAUUUGAAACGGAAAGCUAAGGAUGACAUUCAGGAACUUCCUAGAAAAAAAAUAUUGCAUCGAAAGUGUAAAGAGAAAAAUCAAAUGGAUAUGAAUGAAUUUGAGUCCUUGCUUCAGGCCCCUUGUAGACCAAGAAUGUCAAAAGACACUGUAAGGAUACUAAAGUUGCUUCCUUUUAAUUCUAAACAACUUGUCAAAUGUCCCCGGAGAAAUCAGCCAGUUGUAGUACUAAAUCACCCUGAUGCAGAUGUUCCAGAAGUUGUAAAUGUUAUGAAAACUAUUGCAAAAUUUAAAGGACAUGUGCUAAAGGUUUCUUUGUCAAAGAGAACUAUUGAUGCUCUUUUGGAGCCAGCAUACUAUAAUAACAGUUUGUACAUAUUUACUAAUAAUCUCUCUCGAAGAAAACGCAGAGUGCUAAAACCUGUAAGUCCUGUAAAAGAAAGAUUUGUUUUGAAAUUGACACUGAAGAAGACUAGCAAAAACAAUUAUCAGAUUGUGAAAGCUACCUCUGAUAAUACGCUGAAAACUACAUUUAGCUGCUGGUUUUGUGGGAGGAUAUUUGACAAUCAGGAUAACUGGGUAGGGCAUGGACAGCGUCAUCUAAUGGAAGCCACUCGAGACUGGAAUUCAUUAGGGUAAUUUAUUAUAAUUAGUGAAGAGGCAAAACAAAAUUGCAGAUUAUUUUGAAUGACAGCAUUAUGUGUUUUUUUAAGGAAAAUGUUUUGUGGUAGCACCCAAAAUGAACUUGUAUGAAUUUAAAUUAAAUAGUUGCAAUUGCAGUUUAAAGUACAUUUUGUUAUUACGAUCAUGUCAUAUAUUUGUAUUUAGAGAAUGAAUUUCAGGGCUUUUUGUUCUGUAUAUAUUUAAAAAUCAAAGUGUGUACAUAUUUUUGUACUUCAGUUAUUUGCUAUAAAAUCUUGCACAGGAAUUGUAUUUUUCCAGCUCUGUGCAUGCACUACUAAAAAUGUUUUUCAGCUACACAUAGCUAUUGCUGUAUUUUUCCUUGAUCUUUCCAAACAGAAAACAAAAUUCCCCUUUCUUUUCCAGGGAUUCAACACUGUUGUUAGCAAGUGCCUAAAAGAUGUGAAACAGUUUACUUUGUGUCGACUGUAUAACCAUAGGUCCAUGUAGGGCCAGGUUUCCUAACAGUUUCUUUUAAACAAAGCCAUAUGUGAAUGCUUUAAGCUAUAUUGCUAUGCACAUGACACUUGUACUAUUUCUGUGCAGUUUGUCUACUUUCUUAGUGAAAUAUUUUUUCAUAUACAUAAAUAAACAUGAUACUGUGUUUAAGUCUGAUAAUGAAAUCAGUUGAAAGUAUAAUGUAUUCACAGUUUGUACAGUGCAUUCCAAGUGGAUGCAUGUCAUCUCUUCUAAAUCAGUAUAAUUUUGCUACCAGAUGUAUAUAAAGGGCAUGCUGUGGUUGUAGUGGCAUUGGUCUUGCUAGAAAUCAGAUUAUGACUUUGUGAAGAUGGUAAUGUUUUGAUUGGGUUUUUUUUAAUUACAAACAUUGAUGCCUCAUAAAAUUGAAGGAACUUGGGGCAUUUUACACAAAAUUCUUCCAUAUUUAGAUACCUUUCUGAUUCUAAUGAAAAACAUUUGUCUCACAUAUGUUGUGUCCUAGAUCCUGAAACUAAAUUUCUCUAUACUGAUAGUAUAGCAUUGGCUGUCAUGUUAUAGGAAUGUCAGGUUUUUGCUGUAGUGACUCAGGCUCUCAUUUGUGUUGAUUCUAAAUCUGAUAUACAAAGUACUGUUGUCUUGAAGCCUACAGUUGGUCAGACUUCUUAAUUGCCUUCCACCCUCAUGGAAUAUGGGGUGGCAUCUUCAAAUCUAUUGGAUUGUCCAGAUAUUAUGUAUUAGACAGAAGUCUCAGAUGUGCAACAGUACAGUGGUACAUUGGCUCACGAAUGUAAUCCAUUCCAGGACUCUGGUUGUGACCCAAACUGGUCAUGAGCCAAGUCAAAUUUCCCCAUAAGGUUCAAUGUAAGUUUAAUCAGUUCUGUAACUAUUCUUUUUAAUCUCAAAAAUUUGAAGAGACAACAAAGAUCGCAGCCAUCUCCCUUCCACCCCGAGCACAAACGCAGCCAUCUCUCCCCACCAGCAUGACCGUGAUUGCACCUGUCAUCCCUGCACAAGUGCGACCUCGGCCAUAGACAGGCGUGAUCGCGGUCACGCUCAGUCAGGGAACACGGGUGCGAUCGCAGCCCUCCCCCCCCCAGCAUGACCGCGAUUGUGCCCGUCUUCCCUGCAUCGGCAUGACCGUGAUCGUGGCCAUCUCCAUCCCCUCCCCCCAGCACAACCGUGAUCGCGUCCACGCAGGGAAGAUGAGCGCAAUCACAAUGGUCACCCAAUGUGGAGGGUGAGCCACAUUGCGACCCGAGGCAAUUUUUUUUUGAAAUUUCUGUUCGCGACCCGAUUUGGUUGUGAGCUGAGGUGUUUGUGAGCCAAGGUAGCACUGUGUACGUGUUUCUCAUUCAGCCCUUCUCAAAAUAGGAAAUGAAUCUUGCAGUGCUGCAACAUGUUGUGUUCAGACUACCCUCCCUCCAAGUUUGGAGUGUGCAUUAUGUCCUCUCUUACCCUGCCCCUUGCCAAAGUGAGAAGAUGGAUACACAUGUUUUAACCCUUUUACCAGGAUGACAUUCAUUCCUGGUAAGGCAAGUCAGAACAGGUGUUAUGUAUGAUUAACCUGUGUAUUGACGGAAAUUAUAUACAAACAAAAUGAAUUUAUGUUCUAUAAGGGAAGUGAAUAACUUGAUUUAUAACAAUGUUUUGGUACUUAGAUUGCCAUUGGGUCUCUGUACAAACAAUAUGCUUAUCAGAUGACAAGAAUCAGUCUUCAGUAAGUAGGGGAAAAAUCAACUGUAAUGGGUCUCAAAUUUGUAAUAACAUUUUCAGUGUUGAAACAGUUCUUGCAAAGUAAAAUAUCUCAGGAAAAUGAUGUGCUUUUAAAGAAGAAAUGCAAUUCAGGAUUACCUCUAAUAAUUCCCCUACAUUUAACCUUUUAAAUUAUUAAAAGGUUAAUAAAUCUUUUAUAUAGAUGUAUUGUUUUAUAACUGUAUUGAAUAAUUUAAAACCAUGGCUGAAGCACAGGUCUUUACUGUACAUUUAAAUAAUUAGCUAUCUAAUAGGAAAUCUUGGUCUUAGUUACUUGAGCAGAUUUUUUUCAGAUACAUAGGAAUUAUUCUUUUAAAUUGUGACAAUAUAGAUUUACCAAGUUUACCUUCUAGAGAUUUAGGAUACAUCUGUUUCCAUGUGUGGACAUUCCAAUUUUUAUAUUAAUUAUAUUUUGUAUUUAUUAAAAAAUCAGAAGUACACAGGGCUCAUCUUGAAGUUGAUUAAGUGUUCAAAGAUGCAUGCACAGCAGAAAGUACCAUUAAGACCAUUGCCAGGCUUUUUAAAAUGAGCACACCUUCCUCAAGGGUUCAGCCAUGCAGCUUGAGCUGCAGAACAGCCGAACAGUAAAUUUAUAAUGUGACUUCUGUUCUCUGUCACAACACUGCUACUCUGAAUGCUGUGUGACUGGGUGUAUGUAAGGUGACUGUAAAAUUUUUCUGCCAAUCACUUUUUGUAAUAUUGCUAUUAAAUUUUAAUCCUUUGUCUCAGUUCACAAGGUUGAACAGAUUCAUAUUUUAUAUGUAUUUUCUAAAGAUUCUGGGUAAAUAAUUGAUUCUGUACAAAUCAUAAAUAUGUAAAUGCAAUUAAAUGGUCUUUCUAGGAUGAUUCUGUAAAUUGCUGGAAAAAUGCCCUCAAAGGGGCUGUUGUACCUUCUGACUAGAAUUUCCCUUGCUCUAGAGCAGUACAUCAGUGGUGUUCAUUGAUGGCUAUUUCUUUACAUCUAUUGAUAGGACUGAAUGAUGGGUUAAAAUAACUUUUUCAUUUGAAUAGAUAAGUGCAAGGUUCAUGAAAAUUAAAUUUGAGUCACGUACUACAAUCCAAAUACUCAUUUGAAAAAUGGCUUACAGGAAUCAGUGAAACUUUCUUCUGGGUAUAGGGGCACAGUAUUUUGCUGUUAGGGUGUAACAACCUAAUUAUAGGGGAGUGAUCUUUACUCUUGGCAGCCUCAAAAUUCUUCUGUCCAUUGAACUGCAUAGAUCAUCAUCUUACUCUGAAGUUAUUUAAUUUGAAACCUACUGUUGCUUCAGAUAUAUAUAAUCUGAAACCUACCAAUAUAUAUAAUUAUCUUAAUUGUAAAAUAAUCCAGUGGAGGCUACUGGGGGAAGGAGAAGAUUUGCACUGAUUUCUCCCUACAUCACUAUCUCUCUGUUUUUUGGGAGGCCCCUUGACCUACCCACACAAUUUUUUGAGGACUGGCUUAAAAUCUUUUCCUCCAGCAGGAUUGUCCUGAGUAGAUUUCCAUGCAUGGCUAGUUUAAUCCAACCAUUUAAUUUACCAUACAGUAGGAUAAGUUGCUAAGAAGCAAUACAGAAAAAUAUUUUUUCUUUGCUGCAAAACU